AUGGGAAAAAGACGCUGCGUUCCUCCACUCGAGCCCAAGUUGGCAGCAGGCUGUUGUGGGGUCAAGAAGCCCAAGUUAUCUGGAAGUGGAGCACACCCUCACGGGAACCAGGCCGCCACUGUCCCCGGCUCUAGUUCAGGACCUCUCCAAAACCACCAGCACGUGGAUGGCAGCAAUGGUCGGGAGAAUGUGUCAGACUUAACUCUGGGACCUGGAAACUCUCCCAUUACACGAAUGAAUCCCGCAUCGGGAGCUCUGAGUCCUCUUCCCCGGCCCAAUGGAACUGCCAACACCGCCAAGAAUCUGGUGGUGACCGCAGAGAUGUGCUGCUACUGCUUUGAUGUCCUCUACUGUCACCUCUAUGGCUUCCCUCAGCCACGACUUCCUAGAUUCACCAAUGACCCCUAUCCGCUCUUUGUGACAUGGAAGACAGGGCGGGACAAGCGGCUUCGUGGCUGCAUUGGGACCUUCUCAGCCAUGAAUCUUCACUCAGGACUCAGGGAAUACACGUUAACCAGUGCACUUAAGGACAGUCGCUUCCCCCCCCUGACCCGAGAGGAGCUGCCUAAACUUUCCUGCUCUGUCUCCCUCCUCACUAACUUUGAGGAUGCCAGUGAUUAUCUGGACUGGGAGGUAGGGGUCCAUGGGAUUCGAAUUGAAUUCAUCAAUGAAAAAGGUGUCAAACGUACAGCCACAUACUUACCUGAGGUUGCUAAGGAGCAAGACUGGGAUCAGAUCCAGACAAUAGACUCCUUGCUCAGGAAAGGUGGCUUUAAGGCUCCAAUUACCAGUGAAUUCAGAAAAACGAUCAGACUCACCAGGUACCGAAGUGAGAAGGUGACAAUCAGUUAUGCAGAGUAUGUUGCUUCUCGACAGCACUGUCUCCAGAAUGGCACUCUUCAUGCCCCGCCCCUCUACAAUCAUUACUCCUGA